AUGGGAGAUCCUGGACGCCUCACUCUCCUAUGUGAAUUUGGUAACAACUUGAAGACUUAUUCUUUAGCCGAUUCUGGGGCUAGCAUAAAUUUAAUGCCUUACACAUUCUAUGAGAAGCUUAAUAUUCAUAAAAUGAAGGCUACAAAAAUGACACUUCACAUGGACAAUCGUUCAGUGACUCAUCCAAUAGGGAUUGUAGAGGACAUCCUUGUUAAAAUUGGGAAGUUUGUUUUCCCAGUUGAUUUUGUUAUUAUGGAUAUGAAGGAGGAUACUAAUGUCCCCAUCAUUCUUGGUCAGCCCUUACUAAAUACUUCUGGAGAUUUAGUGGAUGUUCGUGAAUCGAAGCUUACAUUAAGGGUUGGUGAUGAUAAGGAAGAUUUUGGAAUGCAAUAUGGGCUUCAAGGAUACGAUGUUAAAAGCGAAGUGUUCAAUGUUGAUGAAGACAAUAAACUUUAA